AUGGUCAGCUACAAGGAACUCUGCGCGGUGUCGCAGGCAGUGAUAGUCGGCACCACGUGUUUCGUCAGUGGUGUCUUCUACAACAACCUGUCGUACGACUUCCACAUCUUGUUCCCAGGUUCUUCCCCGAUCACAGAUGAACACUUCGCCAACUCGUUGCGCCACUACCAACUGCUGUACGGGACUCACAGGUUUUUGGUGUACACUUUAGGGGUGAUCGCGAUGCUGGGUGUGCUGGCACACGUCGUGCGCACGUAUAAACCAAACCCGGAACUGCAGUACUUCGAGUACGGGUCCUUGAUUCUGUACAUCCUCGGCGUGUGCAUCUUCAUCACGAACAUCAAAACGGGGAUGGAAUGUGCCAUCACGCACCAGUGGGGGGAAGUCACCGAGAACGAGGGGUUGGCCGUGCUCGGUUGCUCCAACAUUAUCAUGAUCGCCAUCUUCACUGGGGUUCUGUUCAUCCAGUUCGGGCUGUGGUACUCCACUAACGACUACGAGAAGAGAUUGAAGGCUUUCCAAGAGGAGGAGGAAGCGGAGGCGAAGGCAAAGGCAAAGGAGUCUUCCACCAAGAAGGGCAAGAGAAACAGCAACAACAAGAAGAAUAAAUAA